AGUUUCGUGCGCCGCGCGCCGCCGCCGCCCCGGGAGCGCGCCGAGUGGCGCCGGCGUGGCUACGCGCCUCUGCUCUACUUGCAGUCCCACUGCGACGUGCCCGCCGACCGGGACCGCUACGUGCGCGAGCUCAUGCGCUACAUCCCGGUGGACUCGUACGGGAAGUGCCUGCAGAAUCGGGAGCUGCCCACUGCACGCUUACAGGACACAGCCACAGCCACCACCGAGGAUCCGGAGCUCUUGGCCUUCUUGUCCCGCUAUAAGUUCCACCUGGCCAUGGAAAAUGCCAUCUGCAACGACUACAUGACAGAGAAACUGUGGCGCCCCAUGCACCUGGGUGCUGUGCCUGUGUACCGUGGCUCUCCCUCCGUGAGGGACUGGAUGCCCAACAAUCACUCCAUCAUACUGAUUGACGACUUCGAGUCUCCUCAAAAGCUGGCAGAAUUCAUUGACUUUCUGGAUAAAAACGAUGAGGAGUAUAUGAAAUUCCUGGAGUACAAGCAACCUGGGGGCAUCACCAACCAGUUCCUUUUGAAUAGCUUGAAACGCCGUGAGUGGGGCGUGAAUGAUCCUCUGCUGCCCAACUACCUCAAUGGCUUUGAGUGCUUUGUCUGUGACCAUGAACUGGCCCGGCUGGACGCUGAGAAAGCCCACAUGGCCUCUCCCAGGGACGUCCCUGUCCCCGAGCCUCACAUCGCCCAGCCCUCACACAUGAACUGUCCAGUGCCCACACCUGGCUUUGGCAGUGUGGAAGACAUUCCUGAGAAUGACAGGUAG